CUGUCCCCAUCACCACCAACGGCAACGCGCAGGAGGAAACGCACGAUCUAUGUGUUGUAUUUCUAGGGUCAACUCUCUCAGUCAAACUAGCUUCAAAAAGCGGCUCGAGCAAGGUUGUGUUGCAGCAGUGUCGUAGAAUGGACUCAGACAUUUUGAACAUAGAGGACAUAGUGAUGGGACGAGGCUUGCCAGAACCACCACCACCACCCGCACCUCCCCAUGAAAAGCCAGCAGCGCCAUACAAACCCGUCAUUCUGAACGGACCCCCGGUUCCUUCGGUCCAGUCCUACCAGCAUGAAAACCUGCAGUGCUUCCAGUGCUUCAUCACCUUCUGCAACGCCAAAGCCAAGGAGAGGCACAUGAAGAAGAGCCACAGGGAGGAGUACAAACAGCAGCUUCAGCAGGGAAACACACUGUUUACAUGCUACGUGUGUGACCGCACGUUUCUGUCGUCUGAGGAAUUAACGCAGCAUCAGCCGACACACAGCAACGACGACAAGCCUUUCAAAUGUGCUCACUGCAAGGAGAGCUUUAAAACGUUCUCCGAGCUCACAACCCACAGAAGACAGGUGUGUCCAGAGAAGCUGCUGGUGUGUAAAGAUUGCAGCCAGACCUUUCGCAGUCCUGGACUGCUGCGUGCCCACCGUCUGACCCAGCAUCCACGCCCUGAUGAGAACGCAGAACAGCCCGAGGAUCCAUCCAAGCCUCAUCGCUGUAAGAAGUGCGGCCAAGGAUUUGAAGCGGAGUCUGAGCUGCAGGCGCACCAGGAGAAAUACCCGGAAGGCCAACAGUGCAACGGCAGCGCUUCUCCUGUGAAGAAACGCGGUCGCCCUGCCAAAGCCGAAGACCCGGCCAGUUCUGAGAAAAAGGGAAAGCGGAAAAAGAAGGAUGAGGCGGAGGUUUCCGAGGAGGCGACGAAGGCCGCCGCCACAGCGGAGCCUGCGGUAGCUGUGGGAGAAGACAAAGGAAAAGCAGGCGGAGCGAAGCGAGGUCGUCCUCCUAAAGCAGCAGCGGCGUCGGAAACAGAAGACAAAAAAGGUGCAGAGGAUGACAGUCCGGCAAAGGAGAAGAAACCAAAAGAAGACCCCGCUCCGCCUCUCCAGAUUCCGUGCACGGAGUGUGACCUCGCCUUCCCCGGUUUGGUUCAGCUGCGCGCUCACAAGAAGGAAAAACACACCCCACGGAAAGCCCAUCCCUGCGAAGAAUGUGAAGAGAGUUUUGCCCGUCCCGAGCAACUGGAAGCGCACACGUCACGGGCUCACGCCGUCGGCCGCUUGUCCUGUCCGACCUGCGGGAAGAGCUUCAGCCGGGAGCGCACCCUGCUGGCUCACCAGAAGAGCCACCCGGAGGAGAAGCCUGAAAACCCUGAAAAGUCAGGCUCCAAUAGAUAAUUUAGACAUGGGUAGACCACAGAAUGUUUGUGGUUUUUCAGUAACUUAGUCAUAAAAUGUCCUUUUUUUUUUUUUCUUUGAAAUUUGGUCGAUACCACAGUUGAGAUGUUUUAAACAAACUGGGAACGGUUUGUAGAAUCAGGUUUUAGUCGGUUUUUAGUUUGAUUAUGAGUUGCUGAAGAUGGACACAUCUCAUAAGUUAACUAACCAAGUUUUAAACAUUUAUUACACUGUUUCCCAUGAAACAGUUCAGUUGUAUAAAGAAGCAAGUUUAAUUCACUUUUUAAAUGAUUUUGUUUUUAGUUUGAAGUGUGUGUUUUUGAAUUUAUUUGGCAUUUUCGGUUGAUUUACUCACUUUGUGAGGGUUUUUAUUUGUAAUUUUUUUUCAGUCUUUAUUUCCCCUGCCCUAACAAAUACAAGUACAUACUUUAAAUAAUUAGAUAUCUUGUAGAGAUGCUGUCUGAACAUUAGACUGUAUUUUAAAAGAAAUGUGUUAUGUACAGUUUCUGUUUUCAUUAUGGUUCUUAUUUUGCUUCUUAUCUUUUAAAUUAAAUUUCAAUGUCAAAAAAAUAAUAAUUCUGUGCUUUGCCUUGAAAGGACGGAGGCUGAACACUUCAGAUGUAAUCUACAGUGUUUGGCAUGUGGGUGGAAAAUAACCUUUAUAAUCCUGACUUUUCUUUUACUGGAAAUUUCUACAUCCUUUUUUUUUACUUGUUAAAGUAAUAUUUCCUGUCUUAAAAAGCUCCAGAUUCCCAUAAGAAAUUGUAUAUCAUAUUAUUCACUUGGUUUCUCCUCACUGUGUCUGAACACUGCAAACAUGUAAUAAACAGGCUGUCCCAAAGGGAAGCCACUGAUGAAAUAA